UUGAAUUUGUAGUUUGAUUUCUUCCUUUCCCGACUUCUCACUGACUUUUACCAAAAACUUUCAUCGAAGUUUUGCAAAUCUCUGAUGGUUAAAAAUUCUCCAUGGAUUUCUGAUAUUGUUACUGGGGAAGUAAGGUUUGCUCUGUGAGAGAAACGCAGCAGAAACGGCUCUUCAAUGACGCCGCUGGCGCGCUGCCUAUGUCGUCAGCGCAUCCUGCGUCCUUCCCCUUUCCCGGCGCCCCUCGCCACCCGCUCCCUCCACCCCCACCCCCAACCUACCGAACCCCGCCCCGAUUAUCCCCCACCGUGCCCUACAACCGCUACGGCGCCGCUUUCCGCUCGCACCUGUGCGGGCGCGUCAACCUCACGGAUGUGGACGCCCAGCGCAGUAUCUCCGUCUGCGGCUGGCUGCACAAGAAGCGCAUGGACCACCGUUUCUGGCUGCUGCGCGACUGGAGCGGCACGCUGCAGGUGACGCUGGACGACCGGCAGCGAACGGAGUGGGCGGCGUGGCUGGGGGAGGUGGCGCUGGAGAGUGUGCUGCGCGUCAGCGGGGUGCCGCAACGGCGCCCGCCCGGGCAAGCCAAUCCGCGGAUGGCCACCGGGCAGCUGGAGCUGCGGGUGGAGCAGAUGCAGGUGCUGAAUCCGGCCGCGGCACGGCUGCCCUUCACGUGCGCGCAGUGGGAAGCGGCCGAGGUGGGUGAGCCGGUGCGGAUGCAGUACCGCUACCUGGAUCUGCGGCGCGCCGUCAUGCAGCGCAACCUGCGUCUGCGCUCCUGGCUGCUGCAGCGUAUGCGCCGCUUUUUACACGACCACGCCGGCUUCGUCGACGUGGACACGCCCUAUUUAUUCCGCGCCACGCCCGGCGGCGCCCAGGAAUUCCCCGUGGCCAGCCAGCUGCCGGGGAAAUUCUACUCCCUGGCGCAGAGUCCGCAGCAGUUCAAGCAGCUCCUCAUGGUCGCCGGCGUCGAUCGCUACUUCCAGGUAGCGCGCUGCUUCCGCGACGAGAGCAACAACCCGGAGAAGCAGCCCGAGUUCACGCAGCUGGACGUGGAGAUGUCGUUCGUGGGGAUGGAAGAUGUGCUGGCGCUGGUGGAGGAUUUAUUGCGCUUUUCCUGGCCGGCGCCGGAAAUUCUGGCCGAGGCGGCGAAUUUCCCCUGGACCGACCGCGAUGCGCUGCCACCGCCGGCCUUUCCUUUUCCCAGAAUGUCCUACAAGGACGCGAUGACCUCCUACGGCACGGAUAAACCCGACACCCGCUUCGCCUGGCACAUCCGCGACAUCACCCCCUGGGCACGCGACUACCGUCUCUUCGGGAACACCCCCCUGCACCCCGGGUCCACCGUCCGCGCCUUCGUCGCCCCGGGCGCCGCGCCCCUCUGCAAAAAGGCUUUUAAGGACGCCCUGGACACCCUCGUGAAACGGGAAUACCCCGGGGUGCUGCUCAGCUUCCUCACGCUCAAACCCGACGGCUCGCUGUCCCGGGCGGCCCUCCCGCGGGAGGCGGCGGCCCAGCUGCACUCCCUGGUGGGCGGGAUCCAGGGGGAGGAUCUGGUGGUCGUUUGCGGUGGACCGGAGGAGCGCUGCUUGAAAGCCCUCGGGCGGUUACGGCUGGAGACGGCGGAUUAUGUGGAGAAAAACGGGAAGAGUGUCCGGGAGGAUGCGUUUAAGUUCCUGUGGGUGGUGGAUUUUCCGUUGUUCGCGCGGGCGGAGGAGGGGAGCGGGUGGGAGACGGUGCAUCAUCCGUUCACGGCGCCGCAUCCCGAGGAUGCGCAUCUCCUGCAGGCCGGCGGGGAUUUAAGCCGGAUCCGCGGGCAGCACUACGACCUGGUGCUGAACGGCGCGGAGGUGGCCGGGGGCUCCAUCCGGCUGGAGCGGGCCGCCGAGCAGCGCCACGUCCUGCAGCUGCUGCAGAUCAACCCGGCGGACGUCGGGCAUCUGCUGGCCGGCCUGGACAGCGGCUGCCCGCCCCACGGCGGCAUCGCCCUGGGACUGGACCGGUUGGUAUGCCUCCUGGCCCGCGCGAAGUCCAUCCGCGACGUCAUCGCCUUCCCCAAGACCGCGCAGGGCCGGGAUCUCAUGGCCGAGGCGCCCUGCAGUCUCCCGGGCAAAACCCUGCAGCUGUACCAUCUGGCGGUGACGGCCAACACGGCCCCUGACCGCUCCCAUGACGGAGGAUGACGAAUCCAGUUGGACGUUUCGUUUCUUAGUUGACGGUGUUCCAAGCUGUUGUUUUGUUGCGGUUUUCAGGGACUGGUUGACAGAAUUGGACGUAAAUGGAGACCGAAGAUCCGCUGGUCAUUGUACAAACGAGUUCUACCAACCCGGAAUGCCAGCAUUAAAUAAAAUCGAUGUGAUGUGUAUACGAGUAUGGACUAUGUACGGCUCACUUAGUUCACAAAUAAAACAACAAAAUACGGUUGUAAACGGCUAUGACAAGAAUAGUUCCUCUAAUUUCUCCUG